AUGGUUUUUUGCGAUUCAGAGUGAUACAUAUGAAGCGGCUGCUAGGAUAUAUAUAUAUAUAUAUAUGUCUGGCUCUUUAUAGCAACAGUGAGUGAACGGUCAUCCAUCCAUGAUUGACAUGCAUACAAACAAUGGAGUCUUAAAUGUGGAGUAUGAUUAGCUAGCUAGAGAGACAAGAGUUGGUUAGACUGCAAUAAAUGUUCCUUUUAGUUGGUACGUUCUUAUCUUGGAAUUAAGGAAGGCAAGGCUGUUUGAUUCAUUUUCGUAUUCAUGAUGACGACGGAGGAGGGACCAAAGUUAAACAGGAUGAGCUUGCUAGAAGAUUUAAAGGGUGCAUCAUGGAUAUGACACGGUGUUCUUGUUGUGCGGCAACUUCCAACCAACAACUCAUAAACUUUUGUUGCUAAAGCUUGGGUACUUGCUUGAAAAACAUGACCACCCAUUUAAUUCUAGGUGGGGUUUGGCCGGUGUCGUGUAUAUAUUGUGGACGGCGGUAGAGGAGGAGGUCGAUCAUCCCCACCACCAAACCCCGUGUCUAUCUAUAUAGUUAGUUAAACAAGCUUGAUUGGACCUGGAUCGAUGCAUAACUAAUUACUGCUAAUCAAAUUACACCAUGCUUAAGUUGAUUUAAUUAUGCUGGAAUGAAAAUAUGCUACUAUGUUUCAUGGACCAAACGAAACCAAAACAUUCUUAAUUAUUAUUAUUAUUAUUAUUAUUACUUCAAUCCAAUCCAAUUUAAUUAUUAUUCUUAGUUAAAUGGUUCGUUAGCGUGUUUUUCUUCUUGUAAUCAGGAAACGAAAGAACAAUUCAACGCGAACACGUCAGAAACAAGUCCAGUCCCAUUCAUCAUCUCUCUCCGCGCUGACUUCUUCGUCUUCCUCCUUCUAAAUAAAAUCUCUCUCCAUUCCCUGCAGAGGAGGGUUUAACUAUAACCACAGAGAAACCAAUAAUAAUAAUAAUACUCAAAAAAUUGGAUUCAUUAAAAAUUCAUACAAAGAAAAACAGAGAAAAGAGAGUGAGUAGUCGAUCGUCAUCAUCAUCAGUAGCCAUUUGUUCAAAUUUAUCAUUUGGAGCUGUGAUACCAAUUAACUAGAAUAGAAUAGACUAGACCACCAUGGCGACUCAUCCUCUUCCCCUACCUCCUGGUGGCAAAGUCAGAUUAGUCCGAUGUCCCAAAUGUCGUGGCCUUCUUCCCGAAUUACCCAAUGUUCCUUUGUACAAAUGCGGUGGAUGUGGUGCAACACUCCGAGCUAAAAUUCCAAAUGAACCACCAGCAGCUUCAAUUCCUGAUCACGCCAAUGAAUCGGAGAAUUCUUCUUCUCCUUCUCAAGCUACCAAAUUGACUCCUACAAUUGCGAAUCCAUGCCUCACAAGUCCAAUUAGCGAUCCCAAGAGGUGUUUUAAUGAGGAGGAAACCAAUAAGCAUAACACUUCCUCACCAAAUGCCGAACUUGAUUGUCGAGGUAGGAAACAAGUGUCUGAUGCUGAAGAAGUAGACAACGGUAAUGAUGGAUCCUCAAGUCCUGAUGUCUCACAAGGAUAUACAGCAAACUCUUCUACUCAUUGCCCAGCAGCUGACGGCGUUCUGUUAUCUCCGGAUAUCCUCUUUGGUGACUCCGAUCGCCCAAGUUCACAGACUGAUAGUGAACAAUCUCAGGAUAUCGUUUGCCGUGACUCUGACCAUUCCUGUUCAAGAGAUCAAAUGGAGACUGGUAAUACCCAAGUAAUUAUGGACGAGGAGGAGAUGCAGAUACCCAGCAGCAUGGAAUUAUCCAACAAUCACGACAACGAUAUGCCUGAGUUGGAGGAGGAAGAAAAACUAGGUGCUAAAACCUUCCACACCUACGAAGGCAGUGUCUCUUCUUAUGAGGGACGGGAUGAUCAACUCCACCACCACCAGCAUAUCCGAAAAUAUACUUACGAGUUUGAUGAUUCUAGUGGGGAACAAAUAACAACGGAUGAUGUCGGCAAGAUGAAUCCCAAAGUACCACUGCCACUUCGUUCGAGGAAGUUCCGGACCAUGUCAUUCAACGAUGAUCAAGCCAAAACUAGGAUGGAAAACAGCGUCGAGUCGAAUCAAGAACUGCCAGCUGAUAUUAUAAAUGGAAACAAUGAACACGAGAAGCUCCUCAAUUCAGAGAGCUUUCAUACAGCUCAAACCUCUACGCAAUCCCAACGGAUGUCAGACAAGGACUUCUACAGAAAGGUUCUUCCUGCUGCUUUCGAAAACGGUGGCAGUUACAGCAACAAGGAGUUUAUGUAUGAUUCAGAUUCGCAUCCAGUGGAGAAGGCUCCAUCGGUACACAACCAAGACGAACUGUUGAGGAAGGUGGACGAAUUGAGAGAUCGACUUAUUAAAUCAUAUGCUCUGAAAUUGGAGACUAGAAAUGACAAAUUUCUUAAAGGAGGAGGAACUCAUCAACAGGAACAUGAGAGGCCAAUGUACAGUAAUCAUGCACAACAGAGGCAGAAAGAUCCGAGUUGUUACCGCAGAAACGACCCCUGGCACUUUUCUGGAGCAUGCCCACCAAGCAAUUCUGUGCCGUUUCAAGGUCGGAACUCCUCUCAAAUCCCAAGAUGCAAUGUUGGUUACACGAGCUUGCAGUGCUGCCCUGAACAGUUCCAGUACCCCCUGCAGAGACCACCAGUAGCCAAAGGCUGUUACAGUGAGCAGCUAUGCCAGAUUCAUCCAGGCUACAUGUGCUACCAUCCUUGUGGUUCCGGUCCUGUCAACAACUCCAAUUUUGCACCCAGGAUCUGCAAUUCGCAACCACUUCCACACGGCCAGAGGCAUAUAGAUCACACUCUGGAGAAGCAGAAUCUGUACCUGCAUCGGGAUAGAAGAAAUCAUAUCAAGAGACAUUGUCUUCCCGUAGCUGGGGGCGCUCCAAUUAUAGUUUGCUAUAGCUGCAAGAUACUGCUCCAGCUACCUGCCGAUUUUAUCCUUUCGAGUGACAGGUGCACUAAAUUGCGUUGUAGUUCUUGCUCCGAGCUACUUAUUUUUCAGCUUCGGAGCGGAAGAAGUGUUCCAUUUCGGCCGAAUCCACCAACAGUUCCUCCACCCAGUGAAGUCGACAGUCGUAGUAAUUCAACCAGCAGGAGGAGUUGGGAUUUUUCCGUCUCUAAAGAGAAUAACCGCAACAGAGAUGAGAGUUCAGUACUGGAUGAAACUUCUCGUACAAACAGUCGACGUAUAUUGCUGGAGAAACGGCUACAUGGAAAAGAAGUGCAACGUACUUCAGGUUCGCCGCUGCAUAGUCUUAUGGGUUAUCCUUCCCCAAGAAGACUUUUGAUAAAAAGGUCGUCAGAUAUAGAUCAAGAAAGGUGAACAGAACCAGAAUGUUGUGUAUAGAGAUUAUAAUCAAUAGUUUCAUUUUGCAAUGUUGGUUGAAUAGUAAAUAAUUGAAAAAAAGGAAAAUGAAGCAAUACUAUUAUCCCCCGGCAAGUAAGAUUUUCUUUGUUACCAAUGUCUUCUCAAUCGCACUGACUUUAAUGAAAGCCUUUAUCUUCUGAGA